GGAUGUGUGAUUCAAAUGUUCUGCGAUUUCUCCUUCUCUGUGGGAAACUUAAAGCCUUCUGAGAAUAAACGUUUGGGUCCAAAUGUUUGGCUAACAUUUCUACAUUACUUACUUCAAUGGUUUUGUUGAUUAGUGUAUAAUGGUAGUUUGUUAUAAUAUCACUGGAUGGAUCACGUUCCGUAACCAGCUUAAGUGUCUUUUAGUUACAGUCUACGAUUUUGGCACUGUUUUGAUUCACGGUUGCAGUUCGUAACAUUUGGAGAGAAUUUACUUAAUUUAUUUUUUAUUUGAAGUUUGACGCAAAGACUGCAAUAUCAUCACUGCAUCGUGUAUUUUCUAAAACGUUUUGUUGAUUUCCGUGAAAGCCAUUUUUCUAACUACCGUCACAGGAGGUUGCAGAAGAGGUCUUCAUUUUUACUUUUACUGACCCAAUUAAACAUAUACUCGGUUGUUAAAUGUGGAUUGAUUAUGGAUUGUUGAUCUCACUCUAACGAUUUCGAACAUUUUAUUACUCAAUGUAUCUUCUGUUACGUGUUGUAAAAUUAAGAAUGUGGGAGAAUAACCGUAUUGUAAUGUUCACGUUUAAAAAUAUAAAAGUCUAUGACAUCCCACUACAGUCUUUUGGAUUGUUGAGACAUCCAUUUGAAAGCGAACUGUUCGAACUGGUUGGACACGUUACAACAUAAACUCACCUGAAAGUGUUUCUGAUCAUAUGUAUCGGAUGGCAUUGAUGGCUACUGUAAUCCCAGCAGAUGAACGUGCAAAUUUAAACACAGAUCGAUUAAUAAAAAUGGCAAUUGUGCAUGAUUUAGCUGAAUGUAUCGUGGGUGAUAUUACACCACAUUGUGGAGUGUCUAAAGAAGAAAAACUAUCCAGAGAAGAAGAUGCAAUGAAACAAUUAUGUGAACUUAUUUCAGAAGAAAACAGGACGGAAAUUAUGGAUCUGUGGAAGGAAUAUGUUGAUCAAAAAACACCAGAGGCCGUUAUUUGUAAAGAUUUUGACAAAUUUGAGAUGCUCUUGCAGGCUUAUGAAUAUGAACAUGAAACACUUGAACCAGGAAAAUUAGAAUCAUUUUUCGAAAGUACCCUAGGAACAUUUAGCACAAGCCUUGGUCAAAAGUGGGUCAGAGAAUUGUGUUCAUUGCGGAGAAAUUUAUUUAUUCAGUGUGAAUCUAGUGAUACUUAA